AUGGUGCCCUCACUGCUUGCCAUCAACAUAUGCAUCGUAUCGCCUUCCUUUGAUGCGGCCGCGAUCCCGCUCUCGUGGUCCCUAUGCCCUUUAGAAGGCCACGCCGGCCUGCGGUGGGAGAGGGAGCGGUCCUACCGACUCAUGGGCCUCGAGGAGAAGGUGCUGCAUCGCGGCUACGGCCACCCACACUGCACCGUUGCUCAGCUUAGCAUCCGACCUUCUGAGCUGGAUGCGCUGCGAAGUGCGGUGCGGGGAGUUUGGGUUAGCAUGAAGGGGGCGACGGAGCGGCGCGAUGCAGUGGUCACCUUGGCCGCAAUCGAGGAAGGGCCCGCGUUCGCCACAACCGCCGAUGGAGCAGAGGUGCAUCUUCCCUCCAUCAAAAUUGAGUGCUCGGAGACGCUCCGUGCACUGCAUGAAAACAUUGUCCACGCUGUCCGACCCUUUCAUGUGGCACCCACCACGUUAGAAGCGGGGAAGGCGGCAUUUCACCCCUCAUUUCCGGCGGAUAAUGCCGCGACGGUGGAGUGGCUGACAAACUACCUAUCAGAGUAUUGCCUCGAGGCGUACAGUCCGCACAUCACCCUCGGGGCCUCCACGAUGCAAUGGCUGGCCCCCUCCCCCGUUUUCAAACCCACCACCGUGUCGUGGAGAGAUUGCCGUCUCGUCGUUAGCCGAAUGGGUAAUUAUUGUUCUUGUUUUGAGAUUCUUGAUUGA